AUGAAAGUGGCGCCUGCAUCUACUAUGGUAGACUUGGGCAGGGGCUCCUGCAUUUUAGGAAGUGAACAAAACAUGAGAGAAAAUAUUGAAACAGGCGGUUGGAGUUUCCUUCAGAGCCUUUCCAAUAUUUCAAAAUGCCCUAAAGAAGCAAUGGAAAAGGAAAACUCAUAUGUUCAUAGAAAAUCUUCAUUUCAAAAACUAACUGUAAAUAGUCUGGAUCUUUGUACUGAAAAUUUGGGAAGUGAAACAGGUACUGAAUGUAUCACAGACAGCACCAGCAUUUUCUCAUUUGAAACAUUCAAUUUGAGCUGUGAAAAUUCGUUGCCAAUGGAUCAGCGGCAACUAAGGGAGCAUCAACAAAUGAAAUCUUCAAGAUAUAAUAAGGUGAAGACUUGUUCUCACAGUUUUCCACCGCCCUUGACAACAAUGAGUGGGUCGAGUUCUCUCCAAAUAAGGCCUCACCGUGAAGACGGAAGGCUAAUCAUCAAGGCGGUCGAGGCCCCAUUUAGGCGUUCUUAUCUACAAGCUGAAAGAAGCCACGGCCGCCUCAGGCUGUCAUUUUUCCAAGAUUAUGGCUCAAACUUUGAAUCUGAUCUUAUAAUGACCACCAAAGAAGAAACUGAAGGUGACAGCCAAUUAGAUGAUGAAAUUGAAAGCGAAUCAAACGAUGGAGAUCAUGAUCUAGAAAAAGAAGAAAUUGAAUCAGAACAAGAAGAUGAAGAUGAAGAGGAAGAAUGUGAUGUUAAAAUGAGCCAGGUUGUGGAUGUUGAAAUGGAAAUGGAGAAAUUUCACAGGCCUAGCAGGUGCAAUGAAGGUGGACAUGGUACUAAAGGAUUAUGUAAUUGGAAGACUGCAUUUUGGGUGGCUACUUCCUAG